CGCCCUCCCCUUGUCUCUAUGGUCGCGCGGGCCGACGGGAGGCGGGCGGACCAUGCCCCUCUUCCCUCCUUACCUCACGGGCGGGGAGGAGGCGCCGGCACCGAGGAGGCCUCGAGCCGCGCCGCCCGCUCCCCGCUUCUCCCAGGAGCCUCGCCCGGGCCCAUGGCUCCAUGAGGCGAGAGAGGACGGAGGCGGCGGGGCAGCAGCGGCGGCGGCGGCGGGGCUGAGGCGGAGAAGGAAGAGGAGCCGCGGCCGGGACGGGCGCAGGAGGGUUCUGCAGUGCUCCAGGCGGCGAGUUUUGAAGCAGGAUGGGAAAAAGACGUUGUGUUCCUCCACUUGAGCCCAAGCUGGCAGCUGGCUGUUGUGGGGUAAAGAAGCCCAAACUGUCUGGGAGUGGAACGCACAGUCAUGGGAAUCAGGCCACGACUGUAUCGGGCUCCAGUUCAGGUCCUCUUCAGAACCACCAGCAUACAGACGGGAAUAAUGGAAGGGAGAACGUAUCUGACUUGACUUUGGGCCCAGGAAAUUCCCCAAUUACUCGAAUGAAUCCCACUUCAGGAGCUCUGAGCCCACUUACUCGGCCCAAUGGAACUGCCAACAGCACCAAGAACCUGGUGGUGACAGCGGAGAUGUGCUGCUACUGCUUUGAUGUACUCUACUGUCAUCUCUAUGGUUUCCCUCAGCCACGACUUCCUCGAUUUACCAAUGACCCCUAUCCACUCUUUGUGACGUGGAAGACGGGGCGAGACAAGCGGCUUCGUGGCUGCAUCGGGACCUUUUCAGCCAUGAAUCUUCACUCAGGACUCAGGGAAUACACAUUAACCAGUGCACUUAAGGACAGCCGAUUUCCCCCCCUGACCCGCGAGGAGCUGCCCAAACUCUUCUGCUCUGUCUCCCUCCUCACUAACUUUGAGGAUGCCAGUGACUACCUGGACUGGGAGGUUGGGAUCCAUGGGAUCAGAAUAGAGUUCAUCAAUGAGAAAGGUGUCAAACGUACAGCCACGUAUUUACCUGAGGUUGCUAAGGAACAAGACUGGGAUCAGAUCCAGACCAUAGACUCCUUACUCAGGAAAGGUGGCUUUAAGGCUCCGAUUACCAAUGAUUUUAGGAAAACGAUUAAACUCACCAGGUACCGCAGUGAGAAGGUGACAAUCAGUUAUGCAGAGUACAUGGCUUCCCGUCAGCAUUGUUUCCAGAACGGCACUCUUCAUGCCCCCCCCCUCUACAAUCAUUACUCCUGACACACGGCUGCAUGACCAGUCCCACUCCCCAGUUGCUGCCAACGGCUACGACAUCAUCGGGGCAGACGCCUCCUCUUCCUGGUCCAGUUACUUCUAUUACUGCACCAUUUUAUGAUGCUAGCUUCCGUUGCCAAGUCUGCCUUCCAGCUGACCUGGGGGGAGGAUGAGAGCGUGACAGAACUUCAGGGGCCCAAGCCUUAUCUCAGCCUUCCCUCCGAACGGGGGUUCAGUUGGAUCGGGGCUCCAUGCCUACGGACUGUCGUGAGGUGCAGAAGACCUCUAGGAGAUGAAAGUGCCGCUUCAGACCGAUCCAUUCUUGUGUGUUACUGACGUUUUGGAAACUCGAGUUGUUUGUUAUGGAAGCCCCCCCCAGAUCAAGUAGGAGCAUUCCCCUGGCAGCCUGGGCAACGGAAUCCAACGAAACAGUUUUUAGGUUCUUUUAAAUUUUUUUUAACCUCCGGUCUCUGUUGUGUACCGAGAGCUGAUGGCGGUCCCCACGCAUCACAGGCGGAUGUUACGAUAUCGGGGAGGGUUGAACGUCUGGAGAGAACCCCAUCCUUGCGGACAGAAAACACUGAUGGACGUGAAAAACCUUGGAAUGCUAUUGCAGAGGAAUCCGUUACCAUCCUAGAAGGCUUUAAUUAUCAGAUCCCACCAUAGCUUGGAUUCUCUAGAAAUCCUCUUGGUUCAUGGUUCCCUGGGUUUGUAGACAGCGCUCUGUAGCCUGCUGUGACAUUGAAUGCCGUUACGGCAGUAAGAGAGAGCAAUGUGGCACAAGCUGGGUAUGCGAAGGACGAGGUACUCAGGUGUCCCUGGACAGGCCUCUCUGUUAUGACUGAGUUUUGCAUCCAGACAUUCGUAAUGGAGCCUGAUGGGAUUGGGAAUAGCGAGGGGCGUAGACUGUAGUCAGACAAGUGAGACUGAUGACUGAAAUUUGUUUAACAUAAGCUAACAGUUUCAGGGAGCUUCCUUUAGACAGGACAGCCGCUUUCUCAGGUGUGACUAUCGAUCUUGAGAAUGGGAAGCGUUCCCGUUUACAGCAGGCCUCUGGAAUCGAGCUGGGUAGUUCCGCUAUGAUUUUGUGCAGUUUAGUCGUUACUGCAUCAAGGCAAGGAGUGGGGAAACCUGUGCUACCCUGACUGUGAGAAACUUGCAUUCUAUAUUUCUCCUCCUGUCAUUGAUGAUUACAGGGACUGCUUUCUCCUAAGAGGAGGAUGAGUUAUCCGGUUGUUAUUCUGCAGCGUCACUGAGGGAUGUCAUCAACUCUAUGUUAUGACACUCUCUCAAUGAAGUCACUGGUCUUCAAAAUGUAAUUCAGGGCUUUGUUUUGUUUGUUUUUUCCAAGUUUCUGGAGGGUCAGCAGUGAUCAGGGAAGAAAAUACAGGUGCAUAGCAGAGUAAUGGCUGGUUAGGCGCAUCUGUCUUCAAAGCUUGCUUGUGGGUAGUAAUGAUGGCUCUUGGAAUUGGCUGGUGGCUCAAGCCUGAAAUUCUCUCCUGGCCUAGCAGGGAGUAGGGCUGGUAGAAAGCUCAGAGCUGCGAGUUGCUGCUCCUUCUGGUCCUAGAGAAGCAAACAGGAUCGUACAGGUUUUCAUUGUUUCGGUGUAACGUCCUCCAGCUGGAGGAGAGAGAUGUGAGGGAAAGGAGGGGGUCCUCUUCCAGAUAACGGUGCAAUAUCGACCCAGCUUUCCUCCUGCACUGGGUCAUUCUUAAUUGCCACUUUUCCCUUGUGAUGUUGUUGAAAAGCAAUUGAAGAUGGAGGAGUUGUUUCACGAUUUCCUGCUGCCGAGAAUAAAUCGGUCCUGUUACAAACUGGAGUGGUUUGUAAUUCCUCUCGCAGGUGCUGUGUAGUGACGGGUGAGGGUGGGUCAGCUCCGGACAUAGCAUUCACCUCUCAGCUGUCAAACAGUACGAUACAUAGGGCUACGCUCAUUACUGUUCCAGUGUUCUAUGUUAGAAUUUAAUUUCUAGAAGGUUUAAAACAAAAAAAAAAAAAAAGCAAGAAAAUGGUGCUAAAACUUCACCCCUGAGCACGCUCAGUGAGACUGGUCAUGCAGGCACACAGUGCCAGGCUUUCCAACAAUACUGUUUCUUUUCCAAACGUUUGCCCUGUUCUGUGUCUUCAGCAGUGUAUAGUGUUUUCCUGAUUUCAUUUUCUCGGAAUAGGGGAUGACGGUGGGGCAGGGUGGGGAGGGUUAGCUGUCGUUUCUAAAGAACAGAGUCUUAGGAUUGAGUGACUUGGUCGAUGGAGCCUGCAGUGGGCUAGAUGGUUUGGGACUGGGGAAGACUCAUCCUCUCCCACUUCCAUUUCCCCACUCAGACUGUUUAAAAAUAACAAACAAAAAUGCCUUUAAAUACAUACUGUGUUCUUGUCUUGUUGCAGUGAGGAGAGAAGCUAGCAAAUCGGAGAGAAACAGACCCUCUCGGCUUUAGUCCCCUAAGGGUCCAGCUAUAACGAGUGUGUUGAUAGUUCUGGCUCAGAAGAGUGUCUGACGAGGAGAGGUGGUCUCAGGAAAUAAUCCCGUCUCUAGAUCAUUACCUGGCAGCUAUGCGUAAGGAUGACAGAGCUGAACUAGACAUAAACCGUACUUCCCGUUGCCUCAAGGUGGAGGCAGCCAAAAUCAGUGGCGGUAAGAAUUUCUCGGGUGUUCCUUGGCUGGGACAGUAAGUUAGAGCUGCUCCGUCUCAAAGCAACUGGUUUGAUCUGGGUUUAACUCAUCCUUAGAAGCAAGUGCCUUUUGGUCUAGAAGGGCUUAUUCUCGUGACAACCACAACUGAGAAACAAUCUCACUGCAGUUAGGAAUUGUCUUUGUUUUACGGUAACUACGGAAGAAUGUCUUUGAUCACUGGAGACUGUCAGUGUUGGAAUGUUCCCACUGUGAGGUUCUGAAUUUCUGUUUCAUAAUGUUCAACAGUCAAUCUCAGCUGAGGCCAUUUCAGUUCGGGAAGAUUUUAUGGUCAAAAUAUCACAUAUCUACAAUUUAUCAGAACAAUGACAAAAAUCUGUAAGAAAAUAGGAGUUCAUUUUAACCUUUGCACAGAAUAAUUUGUUUUCAUAGUACAUUAACAAACUUCUGCAAUCUUCACUGACUAUUAGUGCUGUUUUCUGUUUGUAUUCUGGAUACUACAUGUUGUUUUGUUGGGUUUUUUGGGGUUAAUUUAUUUCCUUAAAGCAGGAGACCUCUUUUGACCUUCAGCGCAGAGAUGUCAGACCAAUUCUUUGUAUUACACUUGGUUGCCUCCUACCUAUAUAAUAACUUCUGAGUGUAAAUAAUUGAACUCUAUCCUCUAAUGAAGUAUUGUAGAGAAUAAAUCAUAACGGA